AUGAAUCCACAGGCGGUUUCAGGAUACAUUUGCCUGCUUUGCUUUUCCUUCAUGAGCACAGCAAAAGGGGGAUUGCAGCUGCUUUCUUUCCAGCCAGGGACCCUGUACCAGUACCACUAUUCCCUGGAUGUCUGGCUGGACCACUCAUCCACGCCCUCCCCACGGGGAGCCUGGCUGAGGGCUGAGGCUUUGGUCCAGCUGCACCGGCUCUGGAGGGACCAAGGUGGGGAAGAGCUCCUCCAGAUGCAGAUCCGCAACCUGAAAGCCCAACACGAGCCAGAAGAGGAGAGGAGCCAGGACAGCACAGGAGGUCCCCCUGCAGAGAUUGCACUGAGCAAGGAGACACAGGCAGAGCUCCAUCAGCCAGUGUUCAUCUCCUGGAGCAGUGGGAAGAUCAAAGCCUUCUAUGGAGACGAAGCAGAAAGCAUCCUGAUCUCAAACCUGAAGCGAGGUGUUGUCAGUCUGCUCCAGCUCCAGCCCCACGCUGGCACUGCAGUGGAGGAGGAUGUCUCUGGGAGCUGCCAAGUCACGUAUGCUGUGUCCAACCACUCCAUCACAAAGAUGAAAGAUCUCCUCAGCUGCACAAAGCCAAAGUUUGGAUUCGCCUCCGUAAACAAAAUUUUUGGACUCGAGUGGCAGCCCACCAGCAAAAGCAAGUAUGUGGUGAAAGACAACCUCCUCCAGUCAGUGCUGGCAGAGGAAAGCCAUGUGGUGUCUCCAGCCCUGAGGUCCACCAGUGGCAUCAAAAUCAGUUCAAGGCAGCAGCUCCAGUUAGUGUCCUCUGAUGCCAGGCCCAGCAGAGGUAGCCUCGACGACGUGCUGGCUGCCACAGAGGGACAGCACCAGCCCCUGACCAUGGCCAGCACACCCUUCAGGAGGAUCUGCACCCACUGCCCAUCGCUGGGAGCCUACCUGAAGGCUUUUGACAGACGGAGAAUCAAGACAGACACCUCGAAGGCAGCGACCACGUGGCAGUUCCAGAGGUUCAUCCAGAUGUUGCGCAGUGCCAAGAAGAGAGAUGUUCUGCAGCUGCUGAGGAAAGCACCCGAGGAGAUGCUCCCCUUUGUUGUGGAGGCAGCAGUGGCUGCGCAGUCGGUGGCAUCCUUGGCAGCUCUCUCAGACUUCCUGGAUUUCAGUAAGGAGCCCAAGUCCCUGCUGGAGAAGUUUCUCUAUGCAGCAGCUUUCUCUCCCCGACCUUCAGGAGAGCUUCUUCACCUGGUGUUA